AGUCAAGUGGCAACACCCCCAACGAGACAUCGAAGUCGAUGAUUUCGUGGUUAUCAAAGAGGAUAACCUACCCCCGAAUGAAUGGCGACUUGGCAGAGUUGUUAAGGUUUUUUUAGGUCAAGAUAAACGCGUGCGAGUCGUAGAAAUACGUACAACGCGAGGCAUAAUUACGCGACCAAUCGUGAAAUUAGUGCGACUGCCGUUAGUAAACCCAAAUUAACGAGUUCUUUUCUUUCCAGAAAAAUUUUACACUAUGGUUCGAGCCAACAACAACGCUACUCAAAAGCAGCAUCGAUGCCCUAUCUGCAAGCAGAACCACCGUUUGCAAUUCUGCCGCCAGCUUCGUCGAAUGGAGCCCGAGGAGAGACUGCGUGCUGUCCUCCUGUGUCGCCACUGUGCUAACUGCCUGUCGUCACGUCAUAUGGCCAGUAGCUGUCCGUCAACGCGCAACUGCGACCGCUGCCGAGAACGGCACCACAGUCUGCUCCAUCUGUGGGAAACUCCCAGACGUGAGGAAGACGUGCCACUCGACCUCAACGUGACGGACGGUCGGCGAAGACGGCAACCCCGCCCAUACCGUGCUCGGGCAUUGACGGAGUCCAGUGAGGAGGUACUGGAAAUAGAUGUCAGCGAUGAAGACAUCCAGCAAGUGAAUGAAGGUUCGCCUGACACGAUCGAGCCACCGAUACUCAGACCACCUCUGUCGGGUAUCCGGUCGGCGAUACAGCACCCCGCCAGGUCAACGAAAAAAAGGCAUCGACAGUCUCGACAACGAAGACGUAAUCCGCAACCGCGGCAUCGCCGGGGUAUGAGAGACGCCCGAGAGCGAAUUCGUGGAUCCGUCCGACGUGCUCAGGGCUCAUCUGUCCUCAUUCCUACGGUGCUGCUAAGAGUGAUGUCCAGGGGAAGAAGCCAGUCUGUUCGGGCCAUCGUCGACCCAGGGCAACCUGAAUCGACAAUCGCGAGAGCCCUCGCGCGGAGGUUGCACGCAUUACCACGCUGCGGAAGUGACCAUUGCACUUUAACCCUGAAAGGGUGGAAUGAGAGGUUAGAGAUCCGGGCAAGGGUAUUACCAAGCCUGACGCGAACCGCCCCAGAGCGCACAGUCGACGCGCGUGUGGCGGGCGAAUUCGACAAUCUGCGCUUAGCCGAUCCAGCCUUUUACCGCUCGAGUGCGAUAUCAAUGGUAUUGGGAGCCGACGCAUAUGCGGUAAGUUUGCGUCCCGGUUUGAUGCCCGCGACACCCACUAGACCAGCCGCGCAGAAUACGAUAUUCGGAUGGGUCAUAUCAGGAGCAACCCCCUAUGGCUGGAGCUGAAGAAGAGGCCGACUAGUUAGCAUUUAAACAAAAAUGAAUUUAUUGAAUUGUGAUAUGUCAUUUGAAUUUUUGAAUUUUGGAUUAAUGAAUUAGUUUAUUUUAUAUUGCAGCGAUCCUGCAAGGCGGGCGGCAUGUUUAGGCCUGCAUUUUAGGGUUAAGUUUAGCAUACAAACCUCACC